AUGGCUUCCACCAGCCGGUUUGCCGACAAGGCAAUCUCGGUGGUUGUGCAAGGCGACGCGUACAUUCGGUCAUCCAAGAUCCCAGCGGUCCUGCGAUUUCCCCUCGUCGUCGUCCUCAGCCUGAUGCUCUCGUCGCUACUCUACUCGUUCACCCCGGAUUAUAUGAAGGCAGACCUGGGUAGGGUUUCGCGGAGCCGCCAGGAGUGGUGGGAGGUUUGGGCUUUGGUUUUGUUUAGGACGUUUGAGCUUGCGCUGGGCUGGUUUGGAAACUAUGAUGGCUAUGAUCUUGCUUCCUUGAGCUUGCUGUCCCAUGGUCCCCCGCUGUAUCUUCUUGGAUCUUUCUACCAUGUCGCCUCUACGACUGUCGCAUCCUCUCUCGUCAUCGAUGCGCUCACUACAUACAUCCCUUUCCGAAUCCUACGCCCGCUUUCCCUGGCUCACUCGGCCUCUUCGUCGAAAUACUCGGUCCCAGUACCUAAUGCCGACAUCGUUACAUCCUACGAGAUCCAGGCGCUGACCACGGGAUUGGUAGCGUUGAUCUACGCGGUCACCGUUUACACGUCCUACGCUACAUUUCUGCCCGUUUACCUGGCCACGUACUUCGAGGGCAUCCCCUCCAUGACGGCUGCGUAUGCUUCCUCUUUCGUAGCCAUCCUCCCAACGACGCUCGUACUCGGUGUAGCUGCGCGAUCGUUCAUCUUCACCCCUGCUGUUACGUUUGCGCCCUCUUCUCGAGAUGCGAAGAACGCCGCGUUCAACCCGGAGACGGCCACGCUGGCAGAUACGUUCUGGCAUAACGUGUGGGGGUUCAGCGCCAGGACGAAGGUGGUGAUCAAGAGGACAGCUACGGUCAUGCUGGUUACGGGACUCAAUACGUUUGUGCAGACUUUCGUCACGGUUGAAGGCGUCGAAGUCAUGGGUGCAGUGGUCUAUUCCGGGGUGUGGGUUGCUGCAGCUGGGCUUACUGGUGUUGCCCUUGGUUUGGUGAGCGCCGUGUGA